AGCCAUCUUGUGGCAACUAUCGGCGAUCUGUUCGCACCAAGCCUCGUAGAAUCGGAGGUGAAUCCUGCUGAAGGGGCGCCAUCAUGCCCGGUCAUCUGCAAGAAGGUUUCGGCUGUGUCGUAACCAAUCGGUUCGACCAGCUAUUUGAUGAUGAAGAAGACCCAUUUGAGGUUUUAAAGCAGGCAGAAACUAAGAAGAAGGACGCGGCCGUUCCUGCUGCCGCCAAGACUGCUGCUCAGGCUGCAAAGCAACCUAAAAAGGAGUCACAGAAAGACAGGAAAAACCCCCUUCCCGAGAAGAAGGAAGAAACACAGGUGCCUGUGCCGCUGAAGAAAGAUGGUAUGAGGAAGAUGGGACGCAGGGGGGAGCAGCAGGGCCAGGCCAGCUCCCAGGCUCAGGGUGGACAGGGGGAGGGACGCCCCCCUGCAGACAGGCGGCCCGACAGGAGACCACCGCGCGAACGGCGCUUCGACAAACCCGCUGACGAGAAGCCUGCCGAGGGUGGAGAGUUCUCUGUGGAGAGGUCGGUCGGUGAGAAGCCGUUCCGUGGGCGUGGUGGUGGCAGAGGAGGCCGCGGUGGGCGGGGCAGAGGAAUGGGCAGGAGUGAUGGAUUUGACUCCCGCGGAAAACGGGAAUUUGACAGACAUAGUGGCAGCGACCGAUCCAGCCUGAAAGCAGAGGAAAAACGUGGAGGGAGUGGAUCUCAUAACUGGGGCACGGUCAAGGAUGAGCUGAGCGAGUUGGACCAGUCAAAUGUCACCGAGGAGACGCCCGAGGGAGAGGAGCACCCCCCUGCUGACUCUGAGAACAAGGAGAAUGAGGUCGAGGAGGUGAAGGAGGAAGGCCCUAAGGAGAUGACCCUGGACGAGUGGAAGGCCCAGCAGAAUAAAGAGAGAGCCAAGGUGGAGUUCAACAUCCGCAGACCCAACGAGGGAGAGGACUGGAAUAAAGGAUACGUCCUGCACAAGUCCAAGACUGAGAACAAGCCUGCAGGCCUAAAUGAGGGUGACAUCGACACUGAAACAGCCAGCUGCCAGAAGACUCCAACCGAUGACUCUGCCGGGGAGCACCACUUCCGUAAGCCGGCCAAUGACAUCACCACCCAGCUGGAGAUUAACUUCGGGGACCUCGGGCGACCCGGGCGUGGCCGUGGGGGUCCCAGAGGCGGCAGGGGUGGGCGGGGUGGCGGAGCCACUAGGCCACCCCGUGAGCGUAGGCCUGACAAGCAAAGUGGAGGCUCUGUGCCCAACGUGGACGACCCAGAGGCCUUCCCGGCUUUGGCCUGAGCUAGCCAAUCAGGAGCCCCGCGCACUCCUCCACGAGGCUUGCAUGCUUCCGAAACCUUCAGCGGAUGAAUUGACAGAGCACCGCCCCAACCCCAUGGUGCUCAAUCCCCAGGACUGAGUUUUACCAGUUUUAAAAGAAAAAGAAAAAUCGGAAAAAAAAAAAACGAAAAGAAAGGACUUCUUGCUACUUCUGAAGCAGAUUAUUGGUAGAGGUUUUGUAUGUAGAAAUAAAGGUAGCAGGGAUGUUUUCAUAC